AUGACAGGCGUCGAGACGCCGACGGGCGUGUCUCACGUGUCAACUGCUCUACUCGUCCCGUCGCCCCGCCGUCUCUUUCGCGGAUGUCUAAUUCUCACGCGUGCCGAUCCGUCGCACUGCGCGCCUGCCGCCCACCUGCCAUGGCGGCUCGCACUGCCCACCUCUCGCGUCCCUCUCGACAGUGUUUUUGUCAAACGCUCCCACACUCAGGCAGGCCGCUUAAAUUCACAAGCAGUAACGCAUACAGAGGUGAUGAGUCUGCCCGCACCCACCUCUGCCACCUCGGGCAUUACCCGCUCACUCGGGCAUUGCCGUUGCAUACUCAACCCCCGGGUCCCCCUCUCCCCUCAUCUCCCUUCACUCCCGUCUGUCCCCGCCCCGCCCUCUCCCGCGUCCCCCCAUCGCCCUCCUCGCCAGCAUGGCAGGCAUGAGCUUCCGGGCAUGAGCUGCCGGGCAUCGUGCCACGUGGCGUCCUUGCCCAUGGCGGCCCUCCGUGCCGUUCACGUGGACUCUCUGCGCGCCUCCACUGGGGCUGCACCGCCACCGCCACAUGAGUGGGCGCCGUGCGUCUCGCUGCGUCACAUACCAGCACGUGCAGGUGAUUCUCGGUUGGCGCACGCAUGCAUGCGCACAACCACAGUCCCAUGCCUCAUUCCCAUGCUCAUCUCGCACUGCACACGUGUAUGUGUGCACACCAUGCUACCUCUUGUCCUCCCCUUGUCCCUCUCCCGCCCCACCGCCCAUGUGCCACCCCACCGCCCAUGUGCGGUGGGGCAGCAGAGGGCGGCAGAAGCCAUCUGCCAUCCCAGGGACCGCCUUCCCUCCGUGCCGCCCGCUCGCAUCUGCUCGCACUGUUGCUUGCUGGGGAGGCAGCAGCCCCUACGGUACAGAUUCGUCCUCCCUCUCACUUUCCGCCCCCAUUGGAGCGCUCCAGACAGGAUGCCGCCUGCUGCUGUGUGCAACUCCUGUGGACCCACAUUAUUGGUGGAGCAGAGGCAGUGA